UACAGUGAACGCAUGUGGAUUUUCCAGGUCGUGAGUAAACAAUUGUGGAAAAUCGUGGAAAAAUAAAAAUUAACGCAAUGCAAUGAAUGCUAAUUUAUGCGUUAGAUGUCUAGAUAGACUGUUAUCAUCAUUCACACCAUCAACUCCGUUGAAAAUUAGCAAUUUCAGCUCUAGGCCUAGGCUUAAGUUGUUUAGCACUGUAAGUACCAAUAGCAGGCCUAGGCCUAAAACGAAACACCAGUCGGCGACGAGGAGACCGCCAUGCGGCGUUCUUGCAAAACGUUUAACCGGGUCAACAUAUAUAAAGGAAGGGAAUGGGAAUGUCCGCUAUUACACUAACAAAAAGAAUGGGAAAAAUCCAUCAGCUCUGUUCAUUCCAGUCCCAGUGAAAAUAGCAAGUAACCCAGAUGACAUAAACAUUGGAGAAGAAUUUGGAACGGAUUUGUCGAAAAAGAAAGAUGAGCUGAUGGACUUAUUGCUGACAUUUUCAAAAAGGAGAGAAAUCAAAGCUGUUGCUUCUGAGAAUGGUUUAGAUGAUCAUUUGUUUCAUCAAGCGUUCGUUAGCUUUAGAAAGUACAUUGCAGAUUCUGAAACACUAGAACCUGAUCUGCAUAUCGUGCUAAGUGAUAUCUUGGUUGGCGGAGGUCAUGUAGAUGACAUUCUACCGUAUUUUCUUGAACAUGCAAGAUGUGUAUUCCCGCACCUUGAUUGUAUUGAAGACUUAAAGAAAAUUAGUGACCUGACUGAUCCAGCCAAUUGGUAUCCAGAAGCAAGGGCUAUUGAGAGAAAAAUAAUCUUCCAUGCUGGUCCAACAAACAGUGGCAAAACCUACCAUGCCCUCGAGAGUUUUUCGAAAGCAGAAACAGCGGUCUAUUGUGGUCCUUUGAAACUGCUAGCAAAUGAAGUACAUAAACGAACCAAUGAUAGUGGUGUAAAUUGUGACCUUAUAACAGGGGAAGAGAGGCGGUAUGCUGACCCUGAUGGUCAUCCCUCGGGUCAUGUGGCGUGUACAGUUGAGAUGACCAGUACAACACAACCUUAUGAAGUGGCUGUGAUCGAUGAGAUCCAGAUGCUGCGUGAUCCUAGUCGAGGUUGGGCAUGGACACGUGCCCUGUUAGGCGUCAACGCAAAGGAGAUCCACCUCUGUGGUGAAGAGGCUGCCAUUCCACUCCUAAGAGAGCUGCUGACGUCUACUGGAGAGUCCAUUGAAGUGCGUCGUUACAAAAGACUGACGCCACUAAAGAUCUUGGACAAGUCUCUGGACAGCUUGGAGAAUAUACGUCCUGGUGAUUGCAUCGUUGCUUUCAGUAAGAAUGAUAUCUUUUACUUGAGUCGAAAAUUGGAAGAAAUGGGUCACGAAUGUGCAGUUAUAUAUGGAAGUCUUCCACCAGGUACAAAAUUAGGCCAAGCUGAGAAGUUCAAUGACCCUGAAGAUACCUGUAAAAUUUUAGUAGCAACUGAUGCUAUUGGAAUGGGCUUGAAUUUGAGUAUCCGGCGUGUAAUUUUCUACUCGGUCACCAAACCAAUGAUAAAAGAAGAUGGCGAGAAAGAGAUCGAUAAGAUAUCCACGUCCCAGGCCCUGCAAAUUGCAGGCCGUGCCGGUCGCUAUGGCUUGAGUUACGAACAGGGGGAAGCUACAACAUUUCAUGAUCGUGAUCUUCCCAUUUUGAAGGAAAUUCUAGCCACAAAAGUUGAGCAGAUUGAAGCAUGUGGACUGCAUCCAACAGCAGAGCAAAUUGAGUUGUUUGCAUAUCAUCUUCCUGAUGCUACUCUUUCCAAUUUGAUUGAUAUCUUUGUCAGUCUAUCAAAGGUAGAUAGUAACUAUUUUGUUUGUAAUAUUGAUGACUUCAAGUUCCUCGCAGACAUGAUCCAACACAUUGCUCUAAAUCUGCGUACACGCUAUGUCUUCUGUUGUGCUCCAAUCAACAAGAAACAUGCUUUCAUUUGCACUGCUUUUCUUAAGUUUGCAAGGCGAUACAGUCAAAACCAAGCAUUAACGUUUGAUUGGUUCUGUCAUCAAAUUGAUUGGCCAUUGGCUGUUCCUCGCAACCUUCGUGAUUUGAUGCAUUUAGAAGCUGUCCACGAUGUCAUGGAUGUUUACCUCUGGUUUAGUUAUCGUUUUAUGGAUAUGUUCCCACAUGGUGAUAUGGUGCGAGAAAUUCAACGAGAGUUGGAUGACAUCAUCAAACAAGGCGUCAUUCACAUCACAAAACUGAUUCAUGCGAGUGAGAAGAAGAUGGAUGACAUUGCAAAUCUUCCAGAUGAUGAAAUUGAAAGGAAAAAAGCUCUUGGCAAGAAAGGAGAGCCAUCUCCAAAUGUUAGUGAUGAUAGCUUGACCUCUUUGGGGUCAGGCUUGUCAUCUAAGUUGAGCGAAACUUUAAUCAACAAUGGUGUUAUAAGCCCAGAGAUGCUACAACUACUCAAAAAGGAGUUCCAGGGGGAUGACAGUAGAAAGAAACGGAAGAAGCCGAAAAACACCAGAGGAAAUAAUAAUAGUAGAUGAAUGACCUCAGAAAAGUUAAUGAAAAUAGAAUGUAAUGUUUUUAUACAUAAAUUAAAAUAUAAGAUUAUAUGAAGGAGGAUUUAAGUGUAUGAUGUGCAAAUUCUUUCUGGCCUUGCACCACAUUGUGGAAAAUAGAACUGCUCAGCAAUGUGGGAUUGAAAUUCAGGAAGCAAUUAUCAGUUACCUGUACUCGGUUCUUUUUAACGGAUUAUUUAUCGAUUUAUAACCUGCAACGCAUUGUUAAUGCUAUGGGAUUGAAUGCUAUGUUGGGGUGCCUGAGUACUUAUUAAGAGAUUGUGAUGAGCAUUUUAAACCCAUGCUAGUAUUGUGGGUUUCAGUUAUAGGACAAAUCACAGUUUUUAUAUAUCUGAUUGUGGCUGUGCAUUUAUUUGAUCUUUUUGUAUACGUAACAGCACCAGCUGAAGCAUAGAGGGCACCAUACUAUAUAUGCUUGGCUAUCUCAAAAUUAAGCAUUGCAACAUCACAUACAAAAUGCUAGCUACAUUUUGUUCAUCUUGGUAAAAACUUUAUUCAGUAUUUUUAUAAUCCUGUAUUAACUGUAUAUAAAAUUAGACACAUGAUUUGCAGGUUUUCUGCAGUGGUCUACAUUCUCCCAGACAGAAGUGACUAUCCUGCCGGGGCAUCCUAUGUUCUCUGCUGCAUACAUAGAUUUGGCCAAAUUGCAUCCUAGAAUCCACACGACGAGAAGAACUUAAUGUUCUCGCAUGCGCAGAGGACAUUUCGUGACGUCAUUACAUUCUAUGUUCUACGCCCUACCUUUGUCGACCAAUUGAAAGCUCCCAAUUACGAAUGGCACAGUUUGAACCACCAUUGCUCUGUACAGAAUAUCAAAUUUUCUCUGACAAGAAACUAUUGUAUGCCCAUAUAUAGUCAUGAUGUGCCUAUAUAUGGUCAUGAUGUGAUGUCAUCAUGACUAUUUUCUCAAAAAAAAUUUGUUAGUCUAGACAGUUCUUAAAAGGGAUUUUUAGUAAUGUUUUAUUAUUUCAUUCUAUUAUUGUUAUGGGAAGUGUAAUUAUAAACUAUGUUACAUUUUUUUCAACGUCAUUAUUUCAGAAUAAGAAAGGUCAUCAUGGCAUGAGUUUUUAAAUGAGUUGAAAUAACCACCAGGCUUAAAAAAAGAGCAUUAUGAUUAAGUUAAAAUAUAUUAAAUUAGCAUGAGAGUGAUAGUGUUCAGAAGUAUAAGAUCAAUUUGGAUGCUUCGAUGCGUAGUUUGAUGUCACUGGAAUUGAUGUCACUAGACUUUUCUGCAAAGCCCCCAACCACCCCCGGGAUAUUGAUGUUGCUGAGGCCCUAUUAAACAACAACUAAAAUUUACGGGAACAAUGUCUAUGGGAGGAAAUGCGCAUUUUCCUGGGCCUAUUCUGAUUGGUCAGUUGUUAAGUUUGAUUGACAAAAAAAUGUCCGGUUAUAUCUCUUAAGUUAAUAGAGUUUGCGAUUUGUACGACAACGUAAAUCUAGAAUGGAUUCACUCAUUGGCGACUGUCCUGCAUUCUCUGCUACAACAUAGAUUUGGGGCAAACUGCAUCCUAGAAUCCCGGCAACAAGAAGAACUCAACGUGCAUGACCUAUUAGUGACGUCAUUAUGUUCUAGGUCCUGCUGUCAUGCAAUCGAAAGCUUACUAAUAGUAUAUCUUAUAGUACCUUGACUCUGACGUCAGUGAUAGUUUUAACAGAACAGUAGAUUUACUGUAUGAAAAAAGUUCAACAGUAUUUGUAGAGAAUACUUUUUAUGAUAUAGAAGUAUAGUUUUCUCAAAAGCAGCAUUUGUCAGUUUUUUUUCUUGGCUUUUUAAUUUGCUUCGCUAUCUGAAAGGUCAAGUGAUGAGAGGUCAUCCCAUUCUCCUUCCGACAAUUCACUUAUUGCAUCUGAAAUGAUUAAGAGAAGAUGUUAAUCAUGCUAUUAUAAUAAAUAUGUACCGCAUAUGCAUA